AUGACAAUUAUCCAAUUUCCAAACAUUAAAAAGGCAGAUUAUACACCAGUAUCGACUUCGUUAUCAAAGACCACGGGUAGCAGUAGUAGUAAAAGUGGUCGUUCGAUAUUUGUAAUAGCUCGCCAACGAACAUUUCUGAUCGCUGCUCUCGGCGGUUUUGUUUCAUGGUCAGCGAUGGCCAUUCAAAUGUCGGCUACACCACUGGCAAUGACAGGUGCCGGACACAGUUUUGCGCAGGCGACAACGGCUGUUGAAUACCAUCUAUUAGGCAUGUUUGUACCAUCAUUUUUUACUGGGACCCUGUGUAAUUGGUUUGGAAGCCGACUGGUAAUGCUAAUUGGGCUUCUGACACAAUUAACGGGAACACUACUGUUUCAACGCGGGUUUAAAACUAGUCAUUUUAAUUUGGGUCUGAUUAUUGUCGGCGUCGGAUGGAAUUUGGGUUACGUGGGAGCGUCAGCACUGUUAACACAAUCACACCGAGAAGAAGAAAAAACAAAAACACAUUCAUUGUAUGAAGCAAUUGUUAUGUCUAGUAUAUCCCUAUCGUUUUUUUCAUCAGCAUUUGCAGAACAAUAUUUCGGCUGGAUGGUUUUAACCGGAAGAUUGAUAAGCAUUUAUCUGGGUACAUCCGUGCUAAUAUUGGGCGUAGAUACUGCAUUCGUAUUUUAUAAAACGAAAAAUUUGCGAACAGAAAUAACCAUUGAUAACAUAGAACUGGAAAUUCCAGCAUAA